AUGAAGGCCGCCCUCGAGCCCAUUAGUCAGUACGAUCUGGCGAAUGUUCAUCGCACAUCUUCAGACGAUAGCUUGAGACUCUUUGAGCUGCAGCAGCUAGCAGACGAGAAAGCCCAGAAAGACCGCCAGGAGAAGGCGGCCGCGGAUAGAGAGGCCUUGCUGCAACUAAUUCGAUUCGACCCAGGAGUUGUCCAGCAGGACAUCCUGAGAUGUGCCCAGUCUGGGUACAUCAUGAAUGAUGAACAGAAGUCGAGAGCUGCGGCGAUGAUUCGAAACGAAACGUUCAAGUCAUUUCUGCGAGAUGCACAUUCAUCGAGAAGCCUGCUCGUCAACGGCAAUGAAGACACUGCUCGUGCGGAUGGAAUUUCCCCUUUCAGUCUCGUUGCUGCCGAGUUGUCGCGGCUGUCUGAUAGUGCAGGCGCUGCGGACGCCCCGGUCUUUGUCCUGAACUACUUCUGCGCAGAGCAUUGUCCUCGUCCUCUGUUUCCGUCAUUGGAGGCAUCGGCCGCAGGGUUGAUGGUUAGUCUGAUAGGCCAGCUUGUCAGCCAAAUGAAAGAUAAAGGGAUGACAGUCGACCUUUCAUUCAUGGCAGAGAAGAAUUGGCGACGGCUUGAAAGAUUUGACGUCAAAGCACUUUGCAAUCUUUUCAAGAAGCUGACGAAGCAGUUGCCGCCCGGGGCAAUGCUCCUGUGUAUUCUUGACGAGGUCUACUUGUAUGAGUCGAGAGAAAACGUGGAAUAUGUUGUGUGGUUUCUAGCCGGUCUCGCUGAAAAGCAAAGAUACAGUAGGGCGGCUUUUAAGCUGCUGGUAGCAUGCAGAAUCCGAGCUAUGGGGUUUGCGAAAUAUUUUGUCCAGAACACGGUGGAUUUGGACGAUGAUGUUGAAGUAGAUGAUGCGGCCGACUGGGAGAUACAAAGAAUGACAGUUUAA